GAUGGAGGAGGUUUGUAAUAAUAGUCUCCACUGUUGUGGGACAAGCCUGUUGCUAUUUGAGCUGACCCCGAAGUUGUUAAAGUUUUGAAAAUGAAAUGACUUCGUACAAAAUAUUUCUGUGUUUAGAUUUUUCUAAGUAGCAACUGUUUCUGCUAGCUGACUCAGCAUGUCUUCCGCCUGUAAGGAGGAGGACGAGGGUUCGGAGUGGCUGGUGAAUCUGCUCAAUGAGAUACAGCUGGGACAGUUUUACAUCAAACUCCGGGAUGACCUUCAAGUCACCAGGCUUGUUCACUUUGACUAUGUCAAGACAGAAGAUCUGGAGAAAAUUGGAAUGGGGAAACCCGCGAUACGUCGUUUGCUGGACACUGUCAAGAAACACAAGUCCAUUCGGAAGAAAGGCAUUUUGGACAAGAUCUUGCCAGGUGGGAAGGCCAACCCAGACAAACCCAGUUCAGGGUCGGGCAAGCUGCCUCACAGCCCGUCGGAGUACGGCGACAUGGCCUUGACCUGCCUGAUAGACAAGAAGAACGUCUACGUGUUCAACAAGCUCGGCAACGGAUCCUUCGGAGUUGUGCGUAAGGGAGAGUGGGUCGCCCCCUCGGGGAAAAAAAAGGAGGUUGCGGUGAAGAUCCUGCGACGAGACGCGUUGGCGCAGCCCGGUGCGUUUGAGGACUUUGUGAAGGAGGUGAACGCCAUGCACACGCUCAAGCACACCAACCUGAUCCACCUGUACGGCGUGGUGCUCUCUUCCCCGCUCAUGAUGGUGACGGAGCUGGCCCCACUGGGCUCGCUGCUGGACCGUCUGAGGGACUCGUCGCAACAGCAGCUGCUCAUCUCCACGCUGUGCGAGUACGCCAUACAGAUCGCCGUGGGGAUGAGUUUCCUCGAGUCCAAGCGCUUCAUCCACCGCGACCUGGCCUGUCGCAACGUGUUGCUCAAGACAGCUGAACUGCUGAAGAUCGGAGACUUUGGUCUGAUGAGAGCUCUCCCCAGCCAGACUGAUCACUACGUGAUGUCAGAACAGAAGAAAGUUCCGUUUGCCUGGUGCGCCCCGGAGAGCCUCAAGUCGCGGCAGUUCUCCCACGCCAGCGACGUGUGGAUGUUUGGCGUCACGCUGUGGGAGAUGUUCACCUACGGCCAAGAGCCCUGGCUGGGACUCAACGGCUCCCAGAUCCUGCAUCGGAUCGACGUGGAGGGCGAGCGUCUGACCCAGCCUCCCCACUGCCCCGCAGACAUCUUCCCUCUGAUGCUUCAGUGCUGGGCCCACAAGCCCAUGGACAGACCCUCCUUCAUAGCGCUCAAGGAUCUGCUCUCAGAGGUGCUGCCGGAGAACGUGAAAGCCACUCAGAGCUUCAGCGAGGAAGGACGACUGACCUUGGAGGAGGGCGAUCUGGUCACCGUCAUCGGGGGCAGGUCGGACAGGUUCUGGUGGCAGGGUCAGAACCGGCGGACGGCAGAGAUUGGCUCCUUCCCCCGCAGCAUCGUGGAGGUGCAGAGAAAGCUGGCCGGAAAUGACAUCAGCGUCCCGUUGAAGAACAGCUUCAUCCACACGGGUCAUGGCGACGCCGGAGGGAAGAACUGGGGCAACCCGGGACAGAUUGACGAGGUUUACCUCCGUAAUCCCAUGGACCCGCCAGACUUGCAUGAGGAGGACCACGAUCUAGCCGGUCAGCUCGGAUCGCGAAAUCUGUUCAGCCAGUCUCAGUUCAACUACAACAAGCUGAAGAACGAGGCGACCUCUGACCCCAGGAAGAGCCCCCCCACCGGUCAGAAACCCUCCCCCAAACACCAGCAGAGGGGCAAGCAGCCUGCCCCCAAAAGGCCGCCCGCUCCGUCCGUCAAGAAAGAAAAGAGAGGGAAAAAUUCCCUCAGUGUGGACACUUCAGGCAGCAGCUCACUCCAGGAAGAUGUCGCUCUGAUAGAUCUCACCACCUCGCCGCCGGACAAAGGUCAGCAGGGUCGCGUCAACGGCAACUCGGGCGACCUUGACAUCUUCGACUCGCUGUGCUCGGUAACGGAGGAGGCCACCCACUACCGGAACAUCCAGCUCCCCGCCCCCCUCCUCGGCAGCGGCUCUAGUCCCGACCCUUUUGAUGUCAACGCCCGCUUCUGCCUCAACCCCGCUGGUCAGACGGCGGCCAGUGGUGCCUGGGCGGAGAACAAAACCUGGGGGUCAACGACCUCUGGGUCGAGCACGUCUGCUACAGUGUCCGCCUUGACCAGCAUCUCCUCCUACUCCACGGUCUCCUCCUCCGCUUCCUCAUCUUCCUCGUCCGCUUUAACGUUUUCUUCUUCCACGACCGCCGCGUCUAAUUUGACGUCCGCCAGCUCGCGUUCGAGCGCGUCUUCUAGUCAUCAUUACGGCAACUCUUCCUCUUCGGCCUUUGCCCCGUUCAGGAACGCGACGUCUCACUACUCAAGAUCUGAGGACAGCCCUGGGGGUCACCCGACCAACGGUGGACUGCUGUACUGCGAGCCGCCGGCCGAAGACGCUCAGUACAGCACGUACAGCAACGGGGCCCAGCCCUCGGGCCGUGGGGAUAGCUACUCUGUGAUUGAACAAUCAGCGCACAGCAGCGAGAGCAAUUCUGGGGCUUCCACGCUGCAUGGACUAAAUUUCUCCUCCUCCUCCGCCUCUUUUCCUGCUGGGUAUAUGGGCAGUCCUGACAAAGGAAGGAGCAUCAGCGUCGACGGCGCGUUCCAAGAACGUUUAGAGCAGACAGUAUUAAAAGCAGCAGCACAACCACCGCCUCAGCAAACAGACUCUUCUUCCAUCGGCGGUAACUUGUUCCCCGCUCGUCCUCACUCGCAGCACGCUCACGUCGCGGUGCAGGGAACUCAACAGCUGUUUCCUGCCGGCCACCACCAAAGUCACCACCGCACCGUCCCGCUGUCCAGAAACCCAUUCAGCCAACCGGGCACCGGCCCCGACCACCACAGCGUGGUGAGGCCGUCUGCUCGAGCCUCCUGCUCCUCAGACCCUGGCGGGAAAGAGAACAUCGACAAAGAGAAAGCCGAGAAGGCUUUUGAUUGGCUCAAAGAUGCGGUGAGCUCGCUGGCGGCACAACAAAAGAAGGAGAUGAAUAACCAGCUAAAAUCUUGCUCUAGAUCCCACUCUCUCACCGACGGAGGUUUGCCUCUGUAUGACGAUGUGCCAGACGAGUCGAAAGAAGAUUUGUCUGGUGGUAAAACGUCGACGAGUGCUGCGCAGCAGAAGAUAAACUCUGCGUACUCCCGUUCCGUCAGCGGCGGUUAUCCGAGGUACGACGAGGUUCCCGUGGAAGAUGGUGGCCUCUACUCGACCGCCUCCCCGACUCGCUACGCUAACAACGCUCAGUCCCGCCCUGCUAAGACAGACAAUCUCUCCUCCCCCUCGCGGUCAGGAAGCUACAGUACGGCUCCCACGGACCACUACGCCUUCAGCUCGGCGUUCUCCGACGCGACGUGGGGCGACGAGUUUGACGACUACGACGAGGAUUUCGACGAGACGUGUGUGAAAAAUGUGAAUAUUUGUACAGAUUUAGAGAGCCCCGCAGGCGAGCCCCCUCCCCUGCCCCCUCGGACGUACAUGAUGAGCUGCGGCGGGUCUCAGCGCGACAAAACAUCUCCGGAGAAGCCGUACAUCUUGCCACUGAAGCAGGACGGCCAGCAGCUGAGCCACACCCACUACUUUCUCAUCCCGCCCCUCAACAAACAAGACUCUCAGCCCUCCUCCUCCUCCUCUUUUUCUUCUUCCUCGGCUUCCUCCUCACUGGCGCAGAAGAGAGAUCACGCGUCCUCGCCGUCCCACUCCAACAAGUCAACGGCCACCGUGCGCCCCUUUGUGGUCAACGCGGGCUACGACGCCACGGACGACCGCGCGGAGCAGCAUCUGGACUACGAGAACCUGUCAGGUCUGAUCCCCCGCGACGUGGUCCACCGCUCCCUCUCCAACAUGUCGAGCGCCUCGUCGCGGUCCAGUGGAGGCGGGUCAGGGGGGUCGGACUGCUCCUCCCCACGCCACCACCACCACCACCAACACCACCCGGCCCCAUCCGUCCACCACUCCCACCCCCACCACCAUCAACAACAACAACAAUAUCAACAACAACACUCUGCGGGGUCUUCGUCUCCUCGUAGCCGGUCGUCCUCCUCUAGUGUGUCCAGCCGACCGCGACCAAUACAACCGUCGUCAGACAGAAGUAAGCAGCGACACCCGACCACCUCCUCUUCUUCGUUCACAUCGUCGUCCUUCUCCUCCUCCUCAGCGCACUACGCGACCCGCAACAACGACGACCCGGGGAUGUUCCUCAGCUCGUCCCCGCACGACCGCAUCGCGGCCAUCCAGAGCCGUGUGAUCGGCGUGACAGACGAGGAGUGCCACGCGGCGCUGUGCACCUUCCACUGGGACGUGGACCGCGCCGUCAACUACCUCAAGGUGGAGCAGCUGUUCCGGCUGGGCGUGGCCUCGCGACCUUCCUGCCAGAGGUUGCUCGAGACCUUGGACUGGAACCUGGAGCUGGCCAGUUCCGUCAUCUUUGACGAGGUGCAGAGCAAGAAGAAACCUUGUGAGAGCACGGUCUGAGCGAAGAUCUGGGUCGUCUUUGGUGACGUCUGAGCGGAGAUCUGGGUCGUCUUUGGUGACGUCUGAGCAAAGAUCUGGGUCGUCUUUGGUGGCUUCUGAGCAGAGAUCUGGGUCAGGGUCGUCUUUGGUGGCUUCUGAGCAGAGAUCUGGGUCAGGGUCGUCUUUGGUGGCUUCUGAGCAGAGAUCUGGGUCAGGGUCGACUUUGGUGGCUUCUGAGCAGAGAUCUGGGUCAGGAUCGUCUUUGGUGGCUUCUGAACAAAAAUCUGUGUCAUCUUUCGUGGCUUCAAGAUUCUCAAGUGGAGACCAUGUGGAGAAAGGAAGACACAGAUAAACAAACACAUGUUAGUGAUCAAAAUGUCAAAACUCUGCUAUCUUCUGUCCUCUCUACAAAAGAUGGAUUUUUGCUCCAGGAUUUCCCUUAUCGAAUCAAAUCCCCCCCCCCCCAUCACCCGUCACUGUACGUCACUGUAUAGUUUUGUGUGAAGAAAUAUGGUAGAAGUACUAACACGUCUACACGUCUUUGAAUGCUCUUUCUCAAUGGAGGUUUAGUUUCUCAGAGUGCCAGUUCUGUGGACCUAAGUGUGUGUGUGUGUGUGUGUGUGUGUUUUUUCCUGUAACAGGAAGUGGCCAUUCCAAAGCCUCAAAGUACCAGUAUGAGCGAAAAAGAAAAAAAGUCUAUUCAGACAUCAGGGCUUUAGAUAUGAUAUAUGUGUUCUCUGCUGUUUUUAAAUGAGAAAAGUGUGAAAGCCAUUAAUCUGAAACAGUCAAAGUGUGUUUGUUGUUGCCAUAGAAGUGAAGCUGAACUUUGAGACAGUCGUGGUAGUUGUGUUCUUGAUGAGCCGGUCUCAUGGCCGGCCCUCACGGCGGAUCAAGACAUCAGCAGAACGAAGAACGUGUUGGAUGGGAAUCCACAGGGGAAGAGAUGAAGGGGAAGGCCAUACGGAACCCGGAGAAGAGUUGUCAAGAGUGAUGUCCAGAAAAAUGGAGAGACGUGGAACGAUGUCACGAGGCUUGCCCUGGAUGGCGAAAAGAGGAAAGUGUCUGUCUGUAACCUAUACUCUUAAGUCCAGUGUGAGAAAGGCGAUGAUGAUAAAUCUUCAGCGGCCACCGAAUGCUGUGGCAUCAUUGGUCUGUUACCUUAGAUACAAGUUGUUCCCAGCCAAAGUUGGUGUUAAAAAAAUGAUCUCUCUUGAGAAAGUACAAUAUUUUUGGAGUUUUUUUGAUUGGGUCGAAGUGAAGGGAUGUAGACAUCAGGAAGGAAAGUAUAUGUGCUCUCAGCCAGACAACGGGGAGCACGAGGCAGGGGUAGGCCACUGGAAACAUGGAGGAGAUGUGUGGAAAGGAACAUCAUGAGAGAAA